UCACCUGCAGCUGUAAAACACACCUGUGAACGCGCUCUGGGCCGGUGCGGAAGCCAGAGCUCAAACAUGUGGGGGGUCAUCUCGUAUCUGAACAGCCCCGAGCUGGUGGUCAGCUUCCAGCGGUGCUGCGGCCUGGUCCUGAGAGAGAGAGACGCGUUUAUCACUCAAAACAAACGCGUGAACGCCAAUGGAUCCGCUCCGGUCACGAGCCAGCGGCGCGGAGCGGAACAGGUGUCGAACGGGACGUCGCGCGCGCACGACAGAAACUACAACUAUAAAUCCGCCAGUUCACAGUGUGAACACAAAGACCGUCCCAGGCCUCAGUACGAGGUGAAGAACUGGCUGUUCUACUUCCUGUUUGUGACGUCGGCCACUCUGGGUCAUGAAGUGUUUUACAUCACCUUUCUGCCCAGCAUCCACUGGAACCUCGACCCCUUCCUGUGCAGAAGACUCGUCAAUGUGUGGGCUGUGGUGAUGUAUAUCGGGCAGGUGAUGAAGGAUAUUUUAAAGCUGCCCCGUCCUCCGUCUCCCCCUGUGGUUAAACUGGAGACUCGUGUGGACGCAGAGUACGGCUUGCCCUCCACACACGCCAUGGCAGCAACAGCCAUCUCAUUCACACUGCUCCUCAGCGCUCACGAGAGAGUAAAGUUCCCGUUUGAGCUGGGGUUGAUCGCGGCCGUGCUUCUGUCUGCACUGGUGUGUCUCAGUCGUCUUUACACCGGCAUGCACUCGGUCCUGGAUGUGAUUUGUGGCGUUGUAAUUUCAGCCGUCAUUAUGGCCGUGUCGUACCCGUUCUGGGGAACCGUCGACAUCCUGCAGCUCCACAGCCCCGCCUCCCCCAUCGUGGCACUGGCACUGCCCCUCUUCCUAUCCUACAAGUACCCAGAGCUAGACCAUUACACCACCACACGCGGGGACACCACCAUUAUCUUAGCAUGCAGUGCGGGAUGUUCGGUCGGAUACUGGGUGAAUGAGCGUUUGGGCUUGACCUUUGACCUAGCCGGGCCUUUUCCAGUGACUCUGCCACCCCUGACGCUUGCAGCCGUGGGCCUCGGUGUGGCACGGUUCCUGGUGGGGUUAGCGAUGCUGGUCCUGACCCGGCAGACGGUGCGCUGGGCGAGCCUGCGAGUGCUCUGCCGGAUUUACGGAGCGUCUGUGAGCGACGUCGACGCGCGCAGGAGGAGAGAGAUCGAAGUGCCGUAUAAGUUCAGCACGUAUGUCGCGAUCGGACUGGUCAACAGUAUUAUGGUGAACAGAGUGUUUGUGAUGAUGGGACUAUGGGAUUUGGGAAAUUCUGUGUAAUUACUCGGCGUUUACAGGCAAGUUUGAACCAAAUCAUAAAUUCUCUGUCGAGCUGAGAAUCUCAAGUCGUUUAGGUUCUGACAAAAUGUUAAUUGCUGCAGUCUAUUUUUAAUUUUAAUGAGUGAGUGAUUCAAUUGCUGUGUCCGAAAUC